GAAUCAAUUUUGAAGCAGACAUCCAAACAACGUUCUAACUGAUGUGAAUAACGUUUGACACUAAAAACAUGCGUUUUAGUCUCCCCAACGCGGAACCAAACAUACACUAAAUUGAAUUUGGGGCGAAAAACCCUAAUUUGGUGAGGUUUACGCUGAAGCUCUGUGUUUUGUUGGUGUGAAAACUGAAAACACUGUUAAAAUCUCACUUUACUUAUUACCUUCUUAAGGGAGGCGAUUACCCUAAAUUAAAAGCUCGGUUUGUUUCGUCUCAAAACUCUGAGAGUUGAUACACAGAGACAUUCGAUCAAAUGUCGCUUUUAAGGUUCAGGUUUGGUUCUUCUUCUUCUUCUUCUUCUUCUAUUCCCACUUUUAUUAUUCCCUUCUUCUUAAGGAGAUUAUACUCUCACUCUACAUUCAUUCCCAAUCAUGAUAUUGCUGUUAAAAAUGCUGUUUCCUCAUUCCAUUACAUGCUCCGUAAGAAUCCUACCCCAUCCAUUGUUCAAUUUAACAAGAUUUUAACUUCCCUUGUUAAGACUAAAAACCAUUACACCACUGCUAUUUCCCUUUAUCGUCAAAUGGAAUUCAAGGGGAUUACCCCUAACUUAAUUACUUUCAAUAUAUUGAUAAACUGUUAUUGUCACCUAAGUCAUCAAAUUACUUUUUCCUUUUCUGUAUUGGGAAAGAUUCUCAAGUUGGGUUAUCAACCAGAUACUAUAACCUUCACCACUCUUAUUAAAGGUCUAUGUCUUAGUGGCCAUGUUCAGAAAGCAUUGCACUUUCAUUACCAUCUUCUGGCAAACGGAUUUCAGUUGAAUCAUGUUAGUUAUGGGACUUUGAUUAAUGGCUUGUGUAAAACGGGGGAAACUAGAGCCGCCCUACAAAUGUUGAGACAAAUUGAAGGGAAAUUGGUCAACACCGACGUGGUAAUGCAUAACAUAAUCAUUGAUAGUUUGUGUAGAGAUAAAUUUGUAACCGAUGCUUAUGAGUUAUAUUCUGAAAUGAGCACAAAGAGAAUUUCUCCUAAUGUUGUCACUUUCAAUUCUCUAAUCAAUGGAUUUUGUAUUGUUGGUCAACUGAAAGAAGCAUUUGCUUUGUUUGAUGAAAUGGUAUUAAAAAACAUCACCCCAGAUGUAUAUACUUUUAGUACAUUGAUUGAUGCAUUUUGCAAGGAAGGAAAUGUGAAACAAGCUAACAAUGUGUUGGCUAUGAUGAUGAAAGAUGGUAUAAAACCAAAUGUUGUUACUUAUAAUGCUUUAAUGGACGUGUAUUGCUUAGUUAAUCAAGUGAACGAUGCCCUAAAUAUAUUCAACACUCUGGCCGAUAAGGGAGUGACUCCUAAUGUUCGGAGCUACAAUAUCAUGAUUAAUGGAUUAUGCAAGAUAAAAAUGAUGGAUGAAGCCAUGAAUCUCUUUGAAGAAAUGCAAAGCAAGAAGAUUGAACCUAAUACAGUAACUUACAGUACUCUUAUCGAUGGUUUGUUCAAAUCGGGGAAAAUCUCUCUUGCAUUGGAGCUUGUUGAUGAGAUGCAUGGUAUAGGUCAACCUGCCGAUGUAAUCACGUACAAUUCUUUAUUACAUGCUUUGUGCAAAAAUCAUCAACUUGACAAGGCAAUUGGAUUUGUUGAUAAAAUUAAAGGCGAAGGUAUUCAGCCAAAUGUUUGCACAUACAAUAUACUAAUUGAUGGACUAUGCAAAGGUGGAAGACUUAAGAACGCUCAAGUGAUUUUUCAGGAGCUUUUGACUAAAGGCUAUAAUGUAACUGUUUGGACGUAUAAUGUUAUGAUAAAUGGGCUUUGUAAGGAGGGCUUGUUUGAUCAAGCACUUGCAUUAUUAUCAAGAAUGGAAGACAAUGGUUGCAUUCCUGAUGUUGUAAGUUAUGAAACGAUUAUUGAUUCUCUCUUUCAAAAAGGUGAGAGAGAUAGGGCAGAUAAACUUGUACAUGAAAUGAUUUCUAAAGGUCUCUACUAUAAGAGUAAAACGCAGUAAGUUGUUUUGGGUAGGAGAGGAGGAAUGAGGAUAAUGGUAUCAUUCCUGAUGCCGUAACUUACGACUCAGUGCUAUGUUGUAAGAGUGCAUUUGGCUUCAGCCUGUUAUGCUGAGAUGAUACUCCAAAUUUCUGCAGGAGUCAAAUAUUUUAGGAGCAGGUUUUGAUUUUUUGGAGACUAGGAUUGACCAUCCCCUUGGAAGCAUUUUAGGGGCCUGUUUCGGUAUCUUGUAUUUUAUACUACAUUUUUAUUUUUUUUGUACGCCUUGUGCUUUUUAAUAUAUUCUUUUCAGCAUUGAGAAAAAAAAAAUAGCAAACUCGUGCAAUUGUAGUUGUUAUUGUGUUGGUUUAUUGGUUAUGCGAUUUUUCUUUUCUUGUCCUACCUUUAUGUUGUUUCCAUUGUAUUGAACCAACUUCUAUUACCCUAUAUGAGCUUGAAAUUUGCAGUGAAGACUUUACUACUUGUGAAUUAACAACUUUUUUAUGUUAGGUAGUGAUAUAAAGGUUCCUUUGUCCUUCCCUAUUCACCUAGGCUUGAAGUUGAACAUGUUAAAUUAACUGAUCUAUAUAAUUUAAUCUGUAAAAGUUAUUUGUAAUUGGUGAUUUUUUGUCAUUUAAGAUUUUUGUUGGUCACUGUUUGUGUGUGUUUUUUAUUUAUUUAUAUCAAUGAGGGCUGAAGCCAGACUGUUUGUGUGAUUUUUGUUAUAGUUCUCUCUGUAUUUGCAUUCAUAUUACAUCAAUGUCAUUUAAGAUUUAGAGUCUUGUCAUUAUAUUUUCGUUAGGAUUUAAUGAAUAUGCGUUGACAGUGUAUAGAUUUUUCACACUCUUAAUCUAAGCUCAUUCCUUUUCUUUUUAAAUUCUGUAAUAGGGUAGGAAAGGUUCUGGAAAAUAUUCUGUUUGAAUCAACAAUUGCCAUGGUUCUGGAGUAUCCGCUUAC